AUGGAGGCUGGCAAAUCAGCUGGUAGAGGCAAAAAGAAACAAGCAAGGGACACUACUGGGACUCAGAUCACAUUAAAAAUGACUGACACUGAUAGCAAUAAGGAGUUCAUCAUCACUAUGGUGUAUGCUAAAUGUGAUGCAAUUGAGAGAAUUGAAUUAUGGGAUACCUUGUACUCAUUGGCUUCUGAUAUGUCUUUACCAUGGCUUGUAGGUGGAGACUUUAAUGUGAUAUGGGAUGAAGAAGAAAAAUUUGGGGGAUUACCAGUGCAUAUUAAUGAGAUAGAUGACUUUAGGCACUGCAUAUCCACAUGCAGCUUAUUUGAUCUUGGAUUUAAGGGAAGUAUAUUCACAUGGUGGAAUGGGAGGGCUGAGGAAGAUUGUAUUCAAACGACUGGACAGAUGUUUAGGUUUUAUUUUCAGGCAAAUCCAUUCAUACUGUUUAAUCAUAAGAUGAAAAAGUUGAAGAAAUCUCUAUCUAUAUGGAGUAAAGUUACUUUUGGUGACAUCUUUAAGCAAAUAGCUAGUUUGGAGGAGGUUGUCAAGGUGCAUGAGACUCAGUUUGAAUUGAAUCCAUCUGUUGAAAAUCGUGCAAGACUGCAAAGAGUUCAAGCAGAUCUGAUUAGAGUAUGGGCUCUAGAAGAAGAUUUUUGGAAACAAAAAGCAGGUUUGGCUUGGUUUAAAGAUGGUGAUAGAAAUAUAAAGCUAUUUCAUAUUCAUGUCAAAGGCAAAAGAAGGAAGUUGCAGCUCAAAAGAAUUCAGGAUAGGCAUGGUAUGUGGGUGGAAGAAGAAGAAAAACUGGCAGAAGAGGCUGUCCAUUUUUAUCAGCAGCAAUUCCAUGAAUCAGCUAUUCCUACAGACUUCAGAAUAUUGGAGAUGUUCCUUUGA